AUGAACUUUCGGUUCCAGGGCGCGGACAAACGAGAUCAGCUCAGAGGUGAAAACGAAAAGGCGAGUCAAAAUAUGGCUGCUUCAUCGAAUCAAAAAGUGCACCGAGACUAUGAGAUUGCGAAACUACAAGCAAGGGUUAAAGCACUGGAAUAUGAAAACUCCAUGAUCGUGAGAAUGCUUCAACGAGUGAUCGUGUCAAAUUCUCAAAAUGCCAGUUUCCAGCAACAACCGUCUUACUCGGAAAUGCAAUCCGACCCGAUUUCGUCAUCCCAGGUAACUUUUGAUAGAAACGCUCUCAAAGAGAUCAAUGAUGCGUCGGAAUUUUAUGAUUUGGACGACGACGACGACGAAGAAGAAGAUUAUGAAGACGAAGAGGCCGACGAUGAGGGGCACGAAAACUUUGAAAACUAUGAGGAUUACGAAGAAGAGGAAGAAGACCAUGUUCAUAACGAGGAAGAACAUAAUCCAGCCCCGGUGACAACAUUGGAGGCGGAUGUUCUUAUCAAAGCCUUUGAAAAAGCCAUUCAAACGAGCCAUUGCGAACAAUGA